GCUUACCUGCCCUCCGUCCGUCCCCUCCUCAUGCACUCUCCUCCUCCGCAGAGCAAGCUUAAAUGCCCCCGCGCGCCGUCUCGCCCGAUCCAAUGGCCCAUUAUUGCCACGACCACCACUCCACUUGCCAGUUGCCACUAGCAAGCUGAGCUCCAACCUCCAAGGAUAAAUACGCAGCUCGUGUGCUUCAGCUUCUUCCAUAGCUAGUUACACCAAUUCUCUGGUCGCUGUUCCUCGGUGCGUCUGAAUGGCGAUGCAGCGGCGGCGUGGGGGGGCGGUUGGCGUCGCGAGCGUUCUGGUCGUGAUCAACUGCAUGCUGGCUGGAGGUGCUGUUGCUGCGGGCACCGGCGCCGGCGUGGAGGAGUGCGAGGAGAGGGCGCGCAGCGACCGCGUCGAGUCGCUGCCGGGGCAGCCGCCGGUGGCGUUCGCGCAGUACUCCGGGUACGUGACGGUGAACGAGGAGCGCGGCCGCGCGCUCUUCUACUGGCUCACAGAGGCCGACGGCGACUCGGCCAGGAAGCCGCUGGUGCUCUGGCUCAACGGAGGUCCUGGAUGCUCUUCGGUGGCGUAUGGAGCAUCUGAAGAGAUUGGUCCGUUCCGGAUUAAACCGAAUGGGACAGGGCUCUUUCUGAACAAGUACUCAUGGAACAGAGAAGCAAACCUUCUCUUCCUGGAGUCACCUGCCGGUGUCGGCUUCUCCUACACGAACACAACCUCGGAACUCAAGACAUCAGGCGACGAGCGAACCGCUCAAGAUGCACUGCAGUUCUUGAUCAGUUGGAUGUCGCGAUUCCCGCAGUAUCGACAUAGAGAUUUUUACAUAGCUGGAGAAAGCUACGCUGGCCACUACGUUCCCCAGUUGGCAAGGAAAAUCGUUGAACACAACAAGGCUUCACCAUACCCCUACAUCAAUCUAAAAGGAAUCCUUGUAGGCAACGGCGUCACAGACAACUACUACGACAACAUCGGCACCGUCACCUACUGGUGGACGCACGCCAUUAUCUCCGACCGCACCUACAAGGCCAUCCUCAAGUCGUGCAACUUCACCAGCACCAACGUCUCGCGCAGCUGCAACCGCGCCAUGAACUACGCCAUGAACCAAGAGUUCGGGGACAUUGACCAGUACAGCAUCUACACCCCGUCCUGCGCCGCGGCCAGGUCCAACGCCACCGUGCUGAGGUUCAAGAACACCCUCAUCCGCCGGCGAUCCUUCGGCUACGACCCCUGCACGGAGACCUACGCCGAGAAGUACUACAACAGGCUGGACGUGCAGAAGGCAAUGCAUGCAAACACCACAGGGAUCCCCUACAGAUGGACUGCUUGCAGUGAUGUGCUCAUCAAGACAUGGCAAGAUUCUGAGUUCUCCAUGCUGCCAACAUACAAGAUGCUGAUGAAAGCUGGGCUUAGGAUAUGGGUGUUCAGCGGUGAUACGGAUUCGGUCGUCCCAGUCACCGCUACGAGGUUUGCCAUCAGCCAUCUCGGUCUUAAGAUCAAGACCCGCUGGUACCCAUGGUACUCAGCUGGACAGGUAGGAGGAUGGUCUGAGGUGUAUGAAGGGCUCACAUUCGCGUCGGUGAGAGGCGCAGGGCAUGAGGUGCCACUGUUUCAGCCCAGGAGGGCUUUCAGGAUGUUCCUGUCGUUCUUGGCAGGGGAGCCAUUGCCGAAAUCCUGAAUGUUUCUGACAUGAGCUGAUGAUGGGUAGCUGGUGUCUAGCUACAAGUCUGAAAAUUAUGUAAAAGAUGGAUGAGAAGAAGGUACUGGGGAGGGGAGUGCUUGCAACUAGAAAAUAACUAGUUGAUAGGCGUGUAGUAGAUAGGUGAGGAGUGAUUGAUUGGUGUUUGAAAAAGGAUGAGAAGAGAAUAAGUAUGGUUAUGCCAUGGAAACCAUGAGCAUUGCUACGAUGAACAAAUAAAUUCC